UCUUUCCUUUCGGCCGCGGAGGCGAGGCCGAGCCUGUGUGCUCAGCUGCCGGGCGCCAGUGCCCGCGUCUGGGAAGGGGCCGCAGCCAGCGCCUGCCGCCCUCGGUCCCGUGCCCGGGCCCCUCCACCCCUCCCCGCCAGUGCUCGGCGGCGGCGGCGGCGGAACAGGGGAUUAGGUCCUGGCAGCGCCGCUGGGGUUUGGGCGGCCAUUCCUCCGGCGACAAGAGCGCGCAGCCGCCCGGCGGGGACAGCGCAGGCCCGCGCUCCGGGGCCGCCGUCGGCCCGGGCUCCCGGUUUGGGUGGCCGAGGGGGAGGAGCGGGCGCCGCGCGGCAGAAGGUCCAUCGGGGUGACUGUCUGGUUUCACCACGAUGACGCUCCAUGCCACCCGGGCGGCUGCACUCCUCUCUUGGGUAAACAGUCUGCAUGUGGCCGACCCCGUGGAAGCCGUGCUGCAGCUCCAGGACUGUAGUGUCUUCAUCAAGAUCAUAGACAGCAUCCGUGGCGCUGACAGAGGACAGCAAAUCCUGCAGCAGCCGGUGCCAGAGAGACUGGAAUUUGUGUGCAGUUUUCUGCAGAAAAACCGGAAGCAUCCCUCUUCUCCAGAAUGCCUGGUGUCAGUGCAGAAGGUGAUGGAGGGGUCAGAGCUGGAACUGGCCAAGGUGAUCAUGCUGCUCUUAUACCAUUCCUCCAUAAGCUCCCAAAGCCCGAGGGACUGGGACCAGUUUGAACACAAGAUCCAGACUGAGUUAGCCGUCAUUCUCAAGUUUGUGCUGGACCAGGAGGAUGGGCUGAACCUGAACGAGGACUUAGAGAGCUUCCUGCAGAAAGCUCCGGUCCCUACCCCCUGUUCCAGCACCGUCUCUGAAGAGCUCUCCCCACCCACCCACCACGCCAGGAGGGAGGUUCGCUUCCUAGAACUGCAGAAAGUUGCCUCUUCCAGUGGAAACAACUUCCUCUCAGGUUCUCCAGCCUCCCCCAUGGGUGACAUCCUGCAGACGCCGCAGUUCCAGAUGAGGCGGCUGAAGAAGCAGCUCGCGGACGAGAGGAACAACCGGGACGAGCUGGAGCUGGAGCUGGCUGAGAACCGCAAGCUCCUCACGGAGAAGGAUGCACAGAUAGCCGUGAUGCAGCAGCGCAUCGACCGCCUGGCUCUGCUGAACGAGAAGCAGGCGGCCAGUCCGCUGGAGGCCGGAGAGCUCGAGGAGCUCCGUGGCAAGAAUGAGAGCCUCACCAUCCGGCUCCAUGAAACGCUGAAGCAGUGCCAGGACCUGAAGACAGAGAAGGGCCAGAUGGAUCGCAAAAUUAACCAGCUUUCUGAGGAGAACGGGGACCUUUCCUUUAAGCUGCGGGAGUUUGCCAGUCACCUGCAGCAGCUCCAGGGGGCUCUCAAUGACCUGACGGACGAGCACAGCAAGGCCUCUCGGGAGUGGGUGGAGAAGCAGGCCCAGCUGGAGAAGGAGCUCGGCGCAGCUCUGCAGGACAAGAAAUGCCUCGAGGAGAAGAAUGAAAUCCUUCAGGGAAAACUCUCACAGCUGGAAGAACAUUUGGCCCAGUUGCGGGAGAACCCACCCCGGGAGAAGGGUGAGGUGCUGGGCGACAUCUUGCAGCUGGAAACUCUCAAGCAAGAGGCAGCCACUCUGGCUGCAGAUAACACUCAGCUCCAGGCCAGGGUGGAGGCGCUGGAGACCGAGCGGAGCCAGCGGGAGGCCAAGCUACUUGCUGAGCGGAGCCACUUUGAGGAGGAGAAGCAGCAGCUGGCCGGCCUGAUUGCCGAGCUCCAGGGCUCCCUGUCCAGCCUCAGCCGGGCCAAGGAGGAACUGGAGGAGGCGUCUCAGGCGCAGGGGGCCCGGCUGUCUGCCCAGGCGGCCGCGCUGACCUCUGAGCUCGAGGCCCUCAACGCUGCCCUCCAGCAGCGGGAUCAGGAGCUGGCCAGCCUGAAGCAGCAGGCCCAGACAGAGCAGGCGCAGCUGGCACACUCCCUCCAGCAGCAGGAGCAGGCCUCGCAGGGCCUCCGCCAGCAGGUGGAGCAGCUGAGCAGCAGCCUGAAGCAGAAGGAGCGGCAGUGGGAGGAGGCUGCUAAGGAGCAGGAGGCCGCCCGGCGAGAGCACGCCCAACAACUGGCCGCCGUGGCCGAGGAGCGGGCCGCAGCCCGCCAGCAGCUGGAGGCGCUGGAGAAGGAGAAGGCUGCUGCGCUGGAGGUCCUGCAGCAGCAGCUUCAGGUUGCCAGUGAGGCCCGAGACGGCGCCCAGACCUCGGUGGCACAGGCCCAGCGGGAGAAGGCCGAGCUGAGCCAGAAGGUGGAGGAGCUCCACGCCUGCGUGGAGGCGGCCCGCCAGGAGCAGUGUGAGGCCCAGGCCCAGGUGGCGGAACUGAAGGCCCAGCUGAGGUCUGAGCAGCAGAAAGCGACUGAGAACGAGAAGAUGGUCCAGGAGCAGGUCCGGGCCCUCGAGGAGUCCUUGAAGGUCGGCCAGGGCCGCCUGGAGGAGGAGACGCGCAGGGCCGCGGGCGCCCUGGAGGAGCAGCAGCGCUGUAUCUGCAGGCUGGAGGCCGAGACCCGGAGCCUGGCCGAGCAGCGCAAGCAGGAACAGAAGGAGCUGGAAGAAGAGAAGGCUGGGCGCAAGGGGCUGGAGGCCCGAUUGCAACAGCUCGGGGAGGCCCAUCAGGCCAAGACAGAAGCCCUGCGGCAGGAGCUGGCCGAGGCCCUGGCCUCCCGGCGCGAGGCUGAGAGCGAGUGUGAGCAGCUCGCCAAGGAGGUGGCUACCUGGCGGGAGCGCUACGAGGACAGCCAGCAGGAGGAGGCGCAGUACGGCGCCAUGGUCCAGGAACAGCUGCUGACUCUGAAGGAGGAGUGCGAGAAGGCCCGCCAGGAGCUGCAGGAGGCCAAGGAGAAGGUGGCAGGGAUCGAGGCCCACAGCGAGCUCCAGAUAAGCCGCCAGCAGAGCGAGCUCGCUCAGCUCCACGCCAGCCUGGCCAGGGCUCUGCAGCAGGUCCAGGAGAAGGAGGCCCGGGCCCAGAAGCUCGCAGACGACCUCUCCGCUCUGCAGGAGAAGAUGGCGGCCACCAGCAAGGAGGUGGCCCGCCUGGAGGCCUUGGUGCGCAAGGCAGGCGAGCAGCAGGAGCCGGCCUCGCGGGAGCUGCUCCAGGAGCCGCCCAGGGCAGGGGACAGAGAGUCAGAGUGGCUGGAAGAGCAGAAGGGCCGCCCCUUCUGCAGCACGCAGGCGGCCCUGCAGGCCAUGGAGCGAGAGGCAGAGCAGAUGGGCAGCGAGCUGGAGAGGCUGCGGGCUGCGCUGAUGGAGAGCCAGGGGCAGCAGCAGGAGGAGCGUGGGCAGCAGGAGAGGGAGGUGGCGCGGCUGACCCAGGAGCGGGGCCGGGCUCAGGCCGACCUUGCCCUGGAGAAGGCCGCCAAGGCGGAGCUUGAGAUGCGGCUGCAGAACGCCCUCAAUGAGCAGCGGGUGGAGUUUGCCGCCCUGCAGGAGGCACUGGCCCACGCCCUGAGGGAAAAGGAAGGCAAGGACCAGGAGCUGGCCCAGCUUCGCGAGCAGGAGGCGGCCCAGGGGGCAGCGCUGAAGGACCUUCGGCAAACCGUGGAGCACCUGAGGGAACAGCUGGCCGAGAAACAGGAGGCGCCCCCGCAGUGUCCAGGGACCGCCGGCCGAGAAAAUGCUCCUGGGUUGGGAGCCCAGUCCGAGGCCACUGGAAAGACCGAGCAAAAAGGCCCUGAGCUGGAGGUCCUGCGGGCAGAGGUGGGCAGCCUGGAGCAGCAGGUCCGCGAGCAUCAGGAGAAGGCCUCCAGCCUGGAGCGCAGCCUUGAGGCCGAGCGCGCCUCCCACGCCGAGCGGGCCAGCGCUCUGGAGACGCUGCGGGGCCAGUUGGAGCAGAAGGCCCAGGAGCUGGGGAGCACUCAGGACGCCUUAGCCUCAGCCCAGAGGGAGCUGGCCGCCCUCCGCGCCAAGGCCCAGGAGCACAGCACGGCCGAGGAGGAGUGGAAGGCCCAGGUCACGCGGGGCCAGCAGGAGGCCGAGCGGAAGAGCAGCCUCAUCAGCAGCCUGGAGGAGGAGGUGUCCAUCCUGAACCGCCAAGUGCUGGAGAAGGAGGGCGAGAGCAAGGAGUUGAAGCGGCUGGUUGCCGCUGAGUCGGAGAAGAGCCAGAAGCUUGAGGAGAGGCUGCGCCUGCUCCAGGCGGAGACAGCCAGCAGCAGCGCCAGGGCUGCGGAACGAAGCUCGGCUCUGCGGGAGGAGGUGCAGACCCUCCGGGAGGAGGCAGAGAAGCAGCGGGUGGCUUCCGAGAGCCUGCGGCAGGAGCUGGCCUCGCAGGCAGAGCGAGCGGAAGAGCUGGGGCAAGAGUUAAAGGCCUGGCAGGAGAAGUUCUUCCAGAAGGAGCAGGCCCUCUCCGCCCUGCAGCUCGAGCACACCAGCACGCAGGCCCUGCUGAGCGAGCUGCUGCCCGCCAAGCACCUGUGCCAGCAGCUGCAGGCCGAGCAGGCAGCCGCUGAGAAACGCCAUCGGGAGGAGCUGGAGCAGAGCAAGCAGGCCGCCGGGGGGCUGCGGGCGGAGCUGAUGCGGGCUCAGCGCGAGCUUGGGGAGCUGGUGCCCCUGCGGCAGAAGGUGGCAGAGCAGGAGCGAGCGGCCCAGCAGCUGCGGGCAGAGAAGGCCAGCUACGCGGAGCAGCUGAGCAUGCUGAAGAAGGCUCACGGCCUGCUGGCGGAGGAGAACCGGGGGCUGGGCGAGCGGGCCAGCCUCGGCCGGCAGUUUCUGGAAGUGGAGCUGGACCAGGCCCGGGAGAAGUAUGGUCAAGAGCUGGCCGCUGUGCGUGCUGACGCUGAGACCCGUCUGGCUGAGAUGCAGCGCGAAGCGCAGAGCACUGCCCGGGAGCUGGAGGUGAUGACUGCCAAGUACGAGGGUGCCAAGGUCAAGGUCCUGGAGGAGAGGCAGCGUUUCCAGGAGGAGAGGCAGAAACUCACUGCCCAGGUGGAGCAGCUAGAGGUAUUUCAGAGGGAGCAGACUAAGCAGGUGGAAGAACUGAGUAAGAAGCUAGCGGACCAUGACCACGCCAGCAAGGUGCAGCAGCAGAAGCUGAAGGCUCAGGGAGGUGAGAGCCAGCAAGAGGUCCAGCGCCUCCAGGCCCAGCUGAGCGAGCUGCAGGCCCAGCUGAGCCAGAAAGAGCAGGCGGCCGAGCACUACAAGCUGCAGAUGGAGAAGGCCAAGACGCAUUAUGAUGCCAAGAAACAGCAGAACCAGGAGCUGCAGGAGCAGCUGCGGGGCCUGGAGCAGCUGCAGACGGAGAACAAGGAGCUGCGAGCCGAGGCGGACCGGCUGGGCCGGGAGCUGCAGCAGGCUGGGCUGAAGACCAAGGAGGCGGAGCAGACCUGCCGCCACCUCACGGCCCAGGUGCGCAGCCUGGAGGCCCAGGUCGCCCACGCCGACCAGCAGCUUCGGGACCUGGGCAGAUUCCAGGUGGCGACUGACACCUUAAAGAGCCGGGAGCCCCAGACCAAGCCUCAGCUGGACUUGAGUAUCGACAGCCUGGAUCUGAGCUGUGAGGAGGGGACCCCUCUCACCGUCACCAGCAAGUUGCCUCGCACCCAGCCCGAUGGCACCAGUAUCCCCGGCGAGCCAGCCUCCCCUGUCUCCCAGCGCCUGCCCCCCAAGGUAGAAUCCCUGGAGAGCCUCUACUUCACCCCCAUCCCCGCCCGGGGUCAGCCCCCGCUGGAGAGCAGCCUGGACUCCCUGGGCGACGUCUUCCUGGACUCGGGCCGCAAGACCCGCUCCGCGCGCCGGCGCACCACGCAGAUCAUCAACAUCACCAUGACCAAGAAGCUGGAUGUGGAGGAGCCGGACAGCGCCAACUCCUCCUUCUACAGCACGCGGUCGGCCCCUGCGUCCCAGGGCGGCCCCAGAGCGGCCUCCUCCACCCAGUCUCUAGCCCGCCUGGGCUCUCCUGACGAUGCCAACUCGGCUCUGCUCAGCCUGCCUGGCUACCGGCCCACCACCCGCAGCUCUGCUCGCCGUUCUCAGGCUGGGGUGUCCAGCGGGGCUCCUCCAGGCAGGAACAGCUUCUACGUGGGCACGUGCCAGGAUGAGCCAGAGCAGCUGGAUGACUGGAACCGCAUCGCGGAGCUGCAACAGCGCAACCGGGUGUGCCCCCCCCACCUGAAGACCUGCUACCCGCUGGAGUCCAGGCCCUCCCUGAGCCUGCCCACCAUCACGGACGAGGAGAUAAAAACCGGCGACCCCCGGGAGACCCUGCGCCGAGCCAGCAUGCAGCCGACCCAGAUAGCCGAGGGCGCCGGCAUCACCACCCGGCAGCAGCGCAAACGGGUCUCCUCGGAGUCCCAUCAGGGCCCUGGCACCCCCGAGUCUAAGAAGGCCACCAGCUGUUUCCCGCGCCCCAUGACCCCCCGGGACAGGCACGAGGGGCGCAGACAGAGCACGACUGAGGCCCAGAAGAAAGCGGCUGCAGCUGUUGUUAAACAGGCUGACCGCCGCCAGUCCAUGGCCUUCAGCAUCCUCAACACGCCCAAGAAGCUGGGCAACAGCCUUCUGCGGAGGGCGGCCUCCAAGAAAGCGCCAUCCAAGGCCUCGCCCAGCACCCGCAGUGGGACCCGCCGCUCUCCUCGCAUCGCCACCACCACGGCCAGCGCCGCCACCCCUCGGGCCAAGGGCAAGGCAAAGCACUAAAGAGCCGCCACCAGUGAGCGGCCCCACCUGUGUCUCGGAUGCUGCCCUUGCCUGGUCCUCCUCCUCCUGUCCCUUUCAGUGCCUUCUCUCAGCUCCCAGGCCCAGUGGCCAAACCCGUAGAGACAGUGAUGCCUGCCCACGCCCCAGCUGGUACCUGGACCUUGGCCAGGUAAAGAGACGUGUCCUCAGCGCUGGCCCCGGCGCCUCGGAGGAGUCUGGGUCCUCUCCCCACCUUGCCCCUGAUGUUGUCUUAGAGCAGAGUCACUUCUCCAUCACAACCGGAUUCGAGGCUGACUAUGAGUGGCUGGGUCCUUGGCCCCGCCAGUGUCCCUGUCGGCCUCCGGAUCGAAGAGGGACCAUUGGAGGAGCAGGCCCUGGUCCCUGCUACUCCUGGUGGCUGGGCUGAGUCAGGGCCCUCGCUCUUCAAGUCCAGCACCGGGCAUCGGCCUAGGGGAGCAUGCCGUCUACAGGUGCUCCUAUCCCCCUGAGGGCACAGUUGCCCAAAAGGGUGCUCUCUUCCAGGAGAGACGGGCCCUGGGCCUCGGUGGGGACAGCUCGCGCCCCCCCUCCCCGCCUUCCCCAGACUCGCACUGGGGUGGGAUUGGGCGUGGUGGGAAGGUUUUUAAGGGCCAGGGAUGGGUCUUUUCUAAAUGUUAUUACUUGUAAAUAAAGUCUAUUUUUCUCCCUGGA